UUCUCAUCCAUCCAUACCAGGACCUCCUGCCACCUUCACCAUGACUUGUGGAAUCAGCACAGUGGGCUGUGGAAUUCGCCCCAGAAACUUUGGCUGUUUUUCAGCCUACGUGCCUAGGAUGGGUGACCGCUGCUGCGUCAGCGCUGCUCCCUACAGAGGGGUGUCCUGCUACAGGGGACUGACCGGCUUUGGCAGCCGCAGCAUCUGUGGGGGCUACAGGGCUGGCUCCUGCGGCCGCAGCUUUGGCUACCGCUCUGGGGGGGUGUGCGGGCCCAGCCCCCCCUGCAUCACCACUGUGUCUAUCAACGAGAGCCUCCUGACCCCCCUCAACCUGGAGAUCGACCCCAAUGCCCAGUGUGUGAAGCAUGAGGAGAAGGAGCAGAUCAAGUGCCUCAACAGCAAGUUUGCCGCCUUCAUCGACAAGGUGCGGUUCCUGGAGCAGCAGAACAAGCUUCUGGAGACCAAGUGGCAGUUCUACCAGAACCGGAAAUGCUGCGAGAGCAACCUGGAGCCCCUGUUCCAGGGCUACAUUGAGACCCUGAAGCGGGAGCUGGAGUGUGUGGAGGCUGACAGUGGGCGCCUGUCCUCUGAGCUUAACCAUGUGCAGGAGGUGCUGGAGGGCUACAAGAAGAAGUAUGAGGAAGAAGUCACUCUUCGGGCCACAGCUGAGAACGAAUUCGUGGUACUGAAGAAGGAGGUGGAUUGUGCCUAUCUUCGGAAGUCAGACCUGGAAGCCAACGCAGAAGCAUUGACAGAGGAGAUUAACUUCUUGAGAGCUUUGUAUGAGGAGGAGUUGCGGGUCCUCCAAACCCACAUCUCAGACACCUCUGUCGUGGUGAAGAUGGACAACAGCCGGGAGCUCAACAUGGACUGCGUCAUCGCCGAGAUCAAGGCUCAGUACGACGACAUCGCCAGCCGCAGCCGGGCUGAGGCCGAGUCCUGGUACCGCAGCAAGUGUGAGGAGAUGAAGGCCACCGUGAUCCGCCAUGGCGAGAGUCUACGCAGGACCAAGGAGGAGAUCAACGAGCUGAACCGCAUGAUCCAGAGGCUGACCGCCGAGGUGGAGAACGCCAAGUGCCAGAACUGCAAGCUGGAGGCUGCUGUGACACAGUCUGAACAGCAGGGUGAGGCUGCCCUCAGUGAUGCCCGCUGCAAGCUGGCAGGGCUGGAGGAGGCUCUGCAGAAGGCCAAGCAGGACAUGGCUUGUCUGCUGAAGGAGUACCAGGAGGUCAUGAACUCCAAGCUGGGGCUGGACAUCGAGAUCGCCACCUACAAGAGGCUGCUGGAGGGCGAGGAGUACAGGUUGUGUGAAGGUGUUGGUGCUGUGAAUGUCUGUGUGAGCAGUUCCCGAGGUGGUGUCACUUGUGGCGACCUGUGCCAGUCUGGCUCCCGACCGGUCACUGGCAGUGUUUGUAGUGCCCCUUGCAAUGGGAACCUGGUGGUGAGCACUGGUUGUUGUGCGCCCUGCGGAUCCCUCAGCACCAGCUGUGGAAGAUGCUAGACGGAGCCAGAGAACCAGCGGCGCCCUUUCCAUCAUCUCCAGAUGUGUCCUCUUCUCUCCUCCCCCUUCCGUAGAUCUCAGCCUCCUAAAACAGCUGUUUUCCUACCUCAUAUUCUGAGAAUACACCACACUUCCCAUUCCCUCCCACUUUGGGUCUUCUGGAGACAUAGCUCUGAUGGUAGGGAAAUAGGUCCACUGACAGCCCCUUUCUGGAACCUGGAAUAAAGGGAUUUGAAUACAGGACAUUGCUAAUCUGCCUCCUCUCUCUCUCAAUGCAUACUGUCAUAUGUUUGUCCAAUAAACUUGGGGAGCCAUUUU